GUUUUUGUCCAGCGGUGCCUGGCAGGGAAGAACAUGUCUCACAUAAAAGGCGGCUGCCUCCUGUGUGGGUACCUGAACCUGCUGCCCAUGUUUAGUAUAGUGAUGCCAGGAAUGAUCAGCCGCAUCUUGAACCCAGAUAAAGUGGCAUGUGUUGUACCUUCAGAAUGUCAAAAGUACUGUGGCACCAAAAAUGGUUGCAGCCCCAUUGCCUACCCACUACUGAUGAUAGAGCUGCUACCCAGUGGCUUACGAGGCUUGAUGCUGUCCACACUAUGCGCCUCUCUCAUGUCCUCCCUGACUUCUGUUUUCAACAGUGCCAGCGCUCUGUUCACACUAAACAUCUAUACCCAAAUACGGCCUGUGGCCACUGAAAAGGAACUCAUGAUAACAGGAAGGUUUUUUGUUAUAGUCUUACUUGCUGUCACCAUUGCCUUGGUCCCUAUUACGGAAACCGCUCAGAGUGAAAUACUGUUUGAAUACACACAGGCAAUUAGGAGUUAUGUGACACCACCCAUUGCUGCUGUCAUUCUGCUUGCCAUAUUCUGCAAAAGAGUCAAUGAGCAGAGUGCCUUCUGGGGGCUGAUUGUCGGGAUUAUAAUUGGCUUCAUUGGAAUGGUGGCCAAAUUGGUCUACGAACCUUGGAGCUGCACAGGAAACAGCAAGUGCCCUGUGUUCAUCUGUGGCGUGCACUACCUCUAUUUUACCAUGAUCCUUUUUGUGGUUAGUCUUCUCACCAUGCUGGGGAUCUCUUUAAUCACAGACCCAAUUCCAGAUAAACAUCUCCACCGGCUGUGUUGGAGUUUACGAAACAGCCCAGAGGAAAGGGUAGAUCUGGACACAGAGACACAAAGAAAGAAACCUCUUGAGCCCCCAGCACAGCCAGAUGUGUUAAACAAGGCCCAGAACUGCGCCUGGAAGGCCUGGGACCUCUUCUGUGGCCUGGAGCCACAGCCGGGCCCAAAACUAGCCCCAGAAAAGGAGAAGACGGAAGAUGCACAGUGGGGUGACAUGUUGGAGAAGCCCCUCUGGAGGUACAUUGUCAAUACCAACGGGAUCAUCUUGCUCGCACUCGUGAUUUUCGGCUACAUCUACUAUGCCUAG